UUCAAAUGUUAUGUAUUACCACCAUUACCAUCUUUACGUGUAACUGCAACAUUUAACCCCAAAUCCAAUCCCACCAUUAAAAUAGUGCACCUUUUGUAGGACCUUUACUUUCACUGUUAGGGCGGGAACUCCAAAUUCACUUCCAAAUUCUCCCUAGGGUUCCUUUCAAUUUCAAUUUCAAACUUUCUAUUUGGGGCUUUUCUUAGGGUUUUUAAUCUUCAUGACCUAAUUCAACCAAUUUGUUCCUCAUGAUGAGCAAUAGCAACGCUAGUAUGAGUCUCCGUAAGGGCUCCAAGGUCUGGCUGGAGGAUAGAGACACCGCUUGGGUUGCCGGUGAUGUUACCGGCUUCGCCGGUCAACAGGUGCAAGUUGUCACUGAAUCCGGUAAACAGGUUUUGGCUUUUGCGGAGAAGCUGUUACUAAGAGAUGCUGAUGCAGACCAUGGCGGGGUGGAUGAUAUGACCAAAUUGGCUUACUUAAACGAACCUGGAGUGCUUGACAAUCUUAAGAAACGUUAUGCACUUAAUGAGAUAUAUACGUACACAGGAAGUAUUUUAAUCGCUGUAAACCCGUUCACAAAGCUUCCUCAUCUUUAUAACGUGCACAUGAUGGAGCAAUACAAGGGAGCUCCAUUUGGUGAGCUAAGCCCUCAUGUAUUUGCUGUAGCAGAUGCAUCUUACAGAGCAAUGAUGGGUGAUGCAAAAAGUCAGUCAAUUUUGGUUAGUGGAGAAAGUGGGGCUGGAAAAACCGAAACAACUAAAUUGAUUAUGCAGUAUCUUACUUAUGUUGGUGGCCGUGCUGCCAGUGAUGACAGAACAGUUGAACAGCAGGUUCUAGAAUCAAACCCCCUUUUGGAGGCAUUCGGAAAUGCAAGGACUGUUAGAAAUGACAAUUCAAGUCGUUUUGGCAAGUUUGUGGAGAUUCAGUUUGAUGCAAAUGGAAGAAUAUCGGGUGCUGCAAUCAGAACGUACCUACUUGAGCGGUCACGUGUAGUCCAGAUUACAGAUCCUGAAAGAAAUUACCACUGCUUUUACCAGUUGUGUGCGUCUGGAAGAGACGCAGACAAUUACAAGCUAGGUCAUCCAAGCAACUUUCAUUACUUAAAUCAAAGCACGGUAUAUGAGUUAGAGGGUGUGAGUAGUGCAGAGGAAUAUGUGAAGACCAGAAGGGCUAUGGAUAUUGUUGGAAUCAGUAACGACGAGCAGGAAGCCAUAUUUCGUACAUUGGCCGCCAUUUUGCAUUUGGGGAACAUAGAGUUUUCUCCUGGGAAAGAGCAUGAUUCUUCAAUGGUGAAAGACGAGAAAUCUAAUUUCCAUCUCCAGACCGCCGCUAACCUUUUUAUGUGCGAUGCAAAACACUUGUUGGCCACUCUAUGCACACGUUCUAUUCAAACUCGUGAAGGGAUCAUAAUUAAAGCUCUUGAUUGUGAUGCUGCUGUUGCGAGUCGUGAUGCUUUAGCAAAGACUGUUUAUGCUCGCCUGUUUGAUUGGCUUGUUGAAAAGAUCAAUAGGUCUGUUGGGCAAGAUAGUAAUUCUCAAAUGCAAAUUGGAGUUCUUGAUAUAUAUGGAUUUGAAUGCUUUAAGCAUAACAGUUUCGAGCAAUUCUGCAUUAAUUUUGCAAAUGAAAAGCUUCAGCAACAUUUCAAUGAGCAUGUUUUUAAGAUGGAGCAGGAGGAGUACCGGAAAGAAGCAAUCACGUGGAGCUACAUUGAGUUUAUAGAUAAUCAAGAUGUUUUAGAUCUCAUUGAAAAGAAGCCUAUAGGAGUAAUUGCUCUACUGGAUGAAGCUUGCAUGUUUCCCAAGUCAACACAUGAAACAUUUGCAAACAAGCUUUUCCAGAAUUUGCGGGCCCACCCAAGGUUAGGGAAGGCGAAAUUCUCUGAGACAGAUUUCACCAUUUCUCACUAUGCUGGCAAGGUCAAUUAUCAAACAAAUUCGUUCUUGGAUAAAAACCGUGAUUAUGUUGUUAUUGAUCACUGUAAUCUAAUGUCUUCGUCAAAGUGUGGUUUUAUUGCUGGUCUUUUCCCAGCAUUGGCUGAAGAAUCUUCUAGAUCGUCAUACAAAUUCUCUUCAGUGGCAUCUAGAUUUAAGCAACAACUGCAAGCUCUUAUGGAUACCCUCAGCUCAACAGAGCCUCAUUACGUCCGCUGUGUGAAGCCAAACUCAGUUAAUCGACCUCAAAAGUUUGAAAAUCAGAGUGUGUUACAUCAGCUACGUUGUGGGGGUGUUUUGGAGGCUGUACGAAUAAGUCUUGCGGGUUAUCCUACUCGAAAAACUUACCAUGAGUUUGUAGAUCGAUUCGGAAUCAUUGCCAUGGAAGUUAUGGAUGGAAGCUACGAUGGACGAGCCAUGACAGAAAAAAUCCUGCAAAAACUUAAACUUGAGAACUACCAGUUGGGGAAGACAAAAGUUUUCCUUAGGGCUGGUCAGAUUGGUAUAUUGGACUCUCAACGUGCUGGAGUUUUGGAUUAUGCUGCAAAGCGUAUUCAGCUUCGACUUCGCACAUUUAUCGCACACAAGAGUUUCACGUUAAAGCGAGCAGCUGCAAUUUCUUUCCAAGCAUACUGCAGAGGCUACCUUGCUAGAGUUACAUAUGCUGCAAAACGAAGAGAUGCUGCUGCCAUUUUGAUACAGAAGUAUAUUCGUGGAUGGCUGUUGAGGAGUGCUUAUACACAGAAAUACGUGUCGGCUUUACUCUUGCAAGCAAGCAUCCGUGGUUUCACUACUCGGCAACGAUUUCUACAUAUGCGGGAACAUAGGGCUGCCACUGUAAUUCAGGCUCGAUGGAGGAUGUAUAAGGUUCGUUCUGCAUUUCGACAUCGUCAUCGUGAUAUUACAAAAAUACAGUGUCUUUGGAGAAGAAAAUUGGCAAAGAGAGAGCUUAGGAAGCUUAAGAAGGAGGCUAAUGAGAGUGGUGCCUUGCGCUUAGCAAAAUCUAAGCUAGAAAAGCAGCUGGAGGAUCUCACGUGGCGCUUGCAACUAGAGAAAAAAUUAAGGGGUUCUAACGAUGAAUCUAAGUCCGUGGAAAUCGCGAGACUUCAGAAACUAGUACAAUCAUUGACCCUUGAGUUAGAUGCAGCAAAGCUGGCUACAGUCAAUGAAUGCAACAAGAAUGCAGUGUUGCAAAACCAAUUGGAAAUUUCGGUGAAAGAAAAAGCUUCCUUGGAAAGAGAACUUGUUGGAAUGGCUGACCUGAGAAAUGAGAAUUCGUAUUUGAAGAGUUCACUGAGUACAUUGGAAGAGAAGAGCUCAUCACUACAGAGCCAACUUACUGAAGCUAAAGAAGAUGCAUCUAUUAACCUCAAAAAGUUAAGGGAGGUUGAGAAAACGUGCUUGCAACUCCAGCAGAAGUUAAAGAGUUUUGAGGAGAAGUUCUCGAGUUUGGAGAAAGAGAACCUUGUUCUAAGACAAAAGACAUUAAGUACCCCUCUGAAAGGAAACUGGCCAAGCAACACCAAGCCAUUUAUUGAGAAGCUCUCUGGUGCACUUGCUCUUCCCUUCUCGGAGCGAAAAUCUACAUAUGAAACACCUACACCUACCAAAAGUGGAAAUCUUAUGUCUCAAGGCGUGACCGAUUCACGUCGGUCAAAGAUGACUACUGAAAGGCACCAGGAGAAUUCUGAAAUCCUCUUACGGUGCAUUAAAGAAAACUUGGGAUUCAAGGAUGGAAAACCGGUGGCUGCUAGUGUCAUAUACAAAUGCCUUCUUCAUUGGCAUGCCUUUGACUCUGAAAGAACUGCGAUAUUUGACUUCAUUAUAGAGAAGAUCAACAAUGUUCUUAAGGAGGGGGAUGAGGGUGUUACCUUGCCAUACUGGUUAUCUAACGCUUCAGCUCUUUUAUGUCUGCUGCAACGGAAUUUCCGGUCUAAUGGUUUCUUGACACCUAUAUCUCAGCGUUCCGGUGUGUCCACUUUACCCAAUGGGAGGGCUGCACAAAGCUACACUCCACACAAAUAUAUCGGGUUUGAUGAUGGUAUUUCACCUAUGGAAGCAAGGUAUCCGGCGAUACUAUUUAAACAACAGUUAACCGCUUGUGUGGAGAAGAUAUUUGGCUUAAUACGUGAUAACUUGAAGAAGGAAAUAUCACCUCUUUUAGCUUCAUGCAUCCAGGCUCCCAAAAAUCAACGAGUACACGGUGGUAAACCGUCACGGUCACCUAGCGGCAUUCCUCAGCAGGCUGCUGGUAGUCAGUGGGAGAAAAUUAUAGAGUUCAUGGAUUCUCUUAUGGACCGCUUACGUGGAAAUCAUGUACCUUCGUUUUUCAUUCGUAAGCUUACCAUCCAGGUCUUUUCAUUCAUCAACAUAUCACUUUUCAACAGUCUUUUAUUGCGACGAGAAUGUUGCACGUUUUCCAAUGGGGAAUAUGUCAAGUCUGGUCUAGCAGAACUGGAGAAAUGGAUAUCCAAUGCAACAGAAGAGUUUGCGGGACAAUCUUGGCGUGAGCUAAACUAUAUCAGACAAGCGGUCGGGUUUCUGGUAAUACACCAGAAAAGAAAAAAGUCUUUGGAAGAGAUCAGACACGAUCUAUGUCCGGCAUUGACUGUUAGGCAAAUAUAUCGUAUAAGUACAAUGUACUGGGACGACAAAUAUGGGACUCAGAGCGUAUCAAACGAGGUUGUUGCCGAGAUGAGAGAAAUGUUGAGCAAGGAUAGUCAGAAUCUCACAUCCAAUUCGUUCUUGUUGGAUGAUGAUCUGAGCAUUCCAUUCUCUACCGAAGACAUCUACAUGACGAUUCCCGCGAUUGAUCCUUCAGAUAUAGAGGCCCCUGCAUUCUUAUCUGAGUAUCCUUCAGCACAGUUCCUUCUUCAAAAUCCCAAGUGAGUCGUCUGUGCAUAAUAAGAUAAAGCUGUGGCUGUGUAGCAAAUGGGUUAUGGUCUUAGUUUAGGACAAGUAUUAGAUGUCAAAGGCCAAGUUCAUGUACAUGAAGUAUCACAUUCACAACCUAACCUACUAGUAUUGCAUAAUAUAAAAUGCACCAAUAACCUUUGUUUUAAAUUCUUUUGUAAAGCUUGUAUUCAUCAUUUGUUGUUAAUUCUAGUGGACUGUUAUCAAAAUCAAAUGGUAGAUAUUGUUCU